CGAUUAGAUUUUGUUUAGGCUUAGUUCUAAUUUCGCAGUGGCAGAAACCAGACUAAAAUGCAGUACCCUUUUGGAUUAUUCCUUUUCCUAAUAUUCCCAGUAGUGUCUUCAUGGAUGGAGAUUCCAUUCAAUAUCCAUAGAUGUCGCUUUGGAAAUGAAACCUGUUUGGUUGAAAGUUUGAACAGCUACAUCAAGACCUUUGCAAAGGGUAUUCCGGAGAAGUAUUUUAGGCCCUUUAACAGGCUUUCCGGUCCCAAUUUCCCCUUGUUCAAUGACUCCACCGACUUACCAAUUGGUCUGAGACUCAACUUGAAAAACCUUACCUUGAAUGGACUCGAAAAUGCCACAGUAUUAUCAGUCAAAGGGUUCGAGCAGGAUCCAACCCAGAAGAAAAUAUUGAUCGAAAUCAGGAUACCACGUCUUGAAUGCGUCGCUAAGUUUGAUUUCGAUACCAAACUCUUGCUGUUCAGGGCAUCGGGCAAUGGAAGUUUCAACGUCGAUGCCCAGAAUUUCCAUUUGAAUAUUUCCUUCAAGGUUUUCGUGGAGUUCCGGCAAGGAAAACGCUACUUGAGGGUUUAUGAUAUGGAUUUUAACGUGGACUUGGAUCGCUGUAUUCUCUCGCUGGAUAAUCUGUACGAAUGGAACACGGAUCUGAGCAUUGUCCUCAAUCGUGUGAUGAACGAGCACUGGCUGGAGUUCUGGAACGAAUUGGAGUCCAGAUUCUUGCCCUAUUUCAGCCGCAUGGGUGUCGACAGGCUGUCUCGAUUCUUCUAUUACUUCUCUUACGAUGAAAUGUUUAUAAACGAUCAAUAAAGUGCAAGUUCAUUCAUUGCAA